AUGAAACUAAACGAAUUGGAAGCAGAUGUUUUUCCUCUCAUUUACUCAUUCAUUUAUGAGUUGCCAUUAAAAAGUUACGAGAAACAAGAAGGAAAUAGCUCAAUAGGAUGGAGUACAUUGGCCUUCCCACAUACCUGCUCUAAAAUUCUGACAAGUUUAGAUUCGUAUGCACCAUUCCAAUUCGAAAAGUUUAUUCAAUUUUAUUGUCUUGGAAUUAAGAAUCAUAGGUAUGAAGAACUGGAACCAAUUAUUAAUGGACAAGAUGCAGAGUUAAAGGAUAUAAUUCCUGUGGUUUUCUAUUUGAAUUUCCCACAAUUGAGUUUUAUUGAACAUUUACAAUUCGAAAGAGAUUUAAUUCCAAUGGAGAGAAAAAUUAGAAAAUCUUUGAGUAUUACUAGAAAUAGAUAUGAAGAUUUUCUAUUCAAAAUUGAUAGAAUUAUUGAAAUGUUAUCUUCCUUCAUUAAAAUAAUUAAAAAGAAACUUGGAGUGGAUGAAUUGACUCAAGAAAUGGGACAAGUUUUUCAAUUGACUGAUACAAAGAUUCUGCUUCCAAUUUCUAGUUUAGUAUCUGUAAUUGAAAACGUUGAUCAAGUUGUGAACAAGUGUAUGAAAAUAUUUCAUUGGAAAGCUUUUCGAAACUAUUACUUUGAAGAAGAAUAUCUGCAAGUUCCAAAAGAAUUACCUCUCAUUAACAAAAAGUACAGAGACUGUGAAAGAAUAAUCUCAAUCUUGAAGAAUAAUGAAUCAUUUGAGAGGGCAGAUGAGUUGUUAGACUUGUUGUCAAAUCUCGAAUGUUACUAUUGUGAUAAGCUUGCUGCUAGUAUUAGUCAACUCUUUUUCCAAGGACAAUUUGUAAGAAAUAGAACUAAUAUCAAGCUAUUAAGGAUGAUGCUGUAUUAUGGAAUGUAUAAUAACUCUGCUCUCUUUAUGAAAUGUCCAGAAGAAAUUCAAAAUGAUGAGGAAAUUGUAAAACGAUUCGUUUUUUCCAGUCCAAAUAUGUAUUCCCAUAUUCCUAGCAAGUUUAAACAAGAUAGUUCAAUAAUUGAGAUGUGUAUUUUCCAAAGUGAUAGUUCUAUUGAAUUUAUUUAUGAAGAAACAGUAGGAAGAGAUUCUUUGUUCUACAGUUUAGUACAGUAUCCAACAAUAUUUUACACUUACCUAGCAAAAUGCACAGAAACUCAAUUUGUGCAAGAUGUUAUUGAAAUUUUCAUUGAAGUUCUCAAACAUGAUAAAUUCCAUCCAACUCUUCAGUCUUUCUUUAGAGAUGGUAUGUUUUUACGGUCUAUCCUAUCUCAUGGAAGAAUUCUAAGUGAACAAAGAGAUUGGGAUGAUCCAGCUAUCCAAGAAAUCAGAUCUGAUUUUGAAGCUUAUCUGAGUGUUAUUGACACUUUCAAACGUGAGUAUCUCAAUGACCAUACCAGUACUUCAGACCUCCUCAAGUUGAUCUAA